AUGCACGAGCCGGGACUGUCAGACGAAGAUGCCCGAGGCAAAAUGGCUGCGCUACCAAGUCCUCCAAAGUUCGACGAUAAACUGGAGGAACGCGAAUACCAGAAAGGCCGACUCGCUCUAGCAUUUCGAAUUUUCGCUAAGCUCGGAUUUGACGAAGGGGUUGCGGGUCAUAUCACAUUGCGUGAUCCCGUGGACCCCCACACUUUCUGGGUUAACCCAUUCGGUGUGCCCUGGCCGAGCCUUCGUGCUAGAGAUCUGAUUCGUGUCGGAGAGGGUGGGAAAGUCAUCGAAGGGGGCGACGUGAAGCUGCUGAACACUGCUGCAUAUAUGAUUCAUCAUGCAGUUCACGAAGCUCGCCCGGACGUGAACGCCGUUGCUCACAGCCACUCUAUCUACGGCCGUGCAUUUUGUUCUCUUGGGAGACCAAUCGAUAUGAUAUCCCAAGACUCGUGCGCAUUCCAUGAUGACAUCGCAGUCUACAAGCAGUUCAAGGGUAUCGUUCUCGCUAGCGAUGAAGGCCUUGCAAUUGCCAAAGCUCUAGGCCACGCCAAAGCAGCACUUUUGCAAAACCACGGGCUUAUCACGUGUGGCCAAACUGUGGAAGAGACAGUUUUCUGGUUCAUGUCUCUUGAUAAAUGCUGUCACGUCCAACUUAUGGCCGAGGCUGCGGCAGGAUCAAGAGGUGAAAAGCCAAUCGUGAUUGAUGACGAGGAUGCGAAAUUCACCAGAAAGAGCGUUGGAACGCCUCUAGCUGGCUGGUUUUCAGCUUUGCCUUCUUUCAAGCUAAUGGAAGCAGAGAGCAAUGGGGAUUAUGCUUAG